CUCAAUUUAUUUAGUAGGGUAGGACUAGCAGCCUGCACUGUGAAGUGCCGGAAGAGAUGGCGGCCUCCAUGACAGUGAAAUCAGCGACUCGCGUUGCUCAAGGAAUGCUGAAGCGCUGUGAGUUUACUGCGAGGAGCCUGGGCAACACCCAGACCAUUUUUGCGGCUUACCUGCCAGAUGUCACUGAGUUCAAGAAGUUGCCAGUAGUCUAUUGGCUUUCUGGGCUCACCUGCACUGACGAGAACUUCUCACAGAAAGCUGGCGCGUUUCAAGCAGCUUGCGAUAACCAGGUGGUAUUGGUGAUGCCUGAUACCUCACCACGGGGUGAUGGUGUGCCAGAUGAGGAUCCACACACCUAUGACUUUGGUAUUGGAGCUGGGUUUUACUUGAAUGCCACCACUGACAAGUACAAGACCCACUACAAUAUGUAUGACUUCGUUGUGAAAGAGCUACCGGCCCUGGUGGAGGCGAAUUUGCCUGUGACAGAUAAGCGGGCUAUCUCUGGCCAUUCCAUGGGUGGGCAUGGUGCUUUGACCAUUGGCCUGAAGAAUCCUGAGAGGUAUAGCUCUGUCUCGGCCUUUGCACCCAUCUGCAAUCCCACGAAGGUCCCUUGGGGACAGAAGGCUUUCAAGUUCUACCUCGGUAGCGACGAGCAGAGCUGGAAGCAAUACGACGCCACCGAGUUGAUCUCAGAGUACAAAGGCAAGGACCUUCACAUUCUCUGUGAUUGCGGAACUGCAGACAAUUUCCUGGUGGGUGACGUCAACCAGCUGCAGCCCCUGGCCUUCAUGGAGGCGGCUCAGAAGGCCAAGGUGCCGGUGACUUUCAGGAUGCAGGCUGGAUAUGAUCACAGCUAUUACUUUAUGUCCACCUUUAUUCGUGAACACUUGGAGCAUCAUGCGCGCUUUCUGCAUGCACAGAACUGAGGGUGUGACCUUGCCACUACCCAAUGAGUUAAGCAGAGGCCUGAAAUGAGUAUAGCUUAGCAAACCACUGGCGCGGCCAGCUGGUUGCUUCGGUUUUGCUGUCGAUUUUCGUGGAGGUGCUAGAGCCCGAAACACAACGGGCCUGAAACGGGAUUGCUGGAGAAAGAAAGGCACACAAAAGUGAU